CCAAACAGCACUGUCGGGUCGGUAGAAUCUACCGGGUCAAACGCAUCUAGGAAGUCUUGGACGAGACAAUAUCACACAGUCAAUAAGACUUCCACCGUAGUAAGUUCAUGAAGACUAACUUAAAUAUUUAGUAUCGCCCGAAACGCCAAUAUAACUGUUGCUGAUGUUAGUAAGCUACGCUGAAGCACCUAGGCAAAUUGAAAAUGCAGUAACCCGUACGGAACAUGCAGAUCUGCAGACUGGUCUUUUUUUCGUCUGCUCAACCGUCUUCAGCAGGCCUGCAGAUCACUUGCCUGAAAUGUCUGCAGUUAGUAUGCAGUUGGUCUGUAUUAAGUUUGCAGUUCGAUUUUAUUUAGUCACGGAAAGGUGAACACAAAAAGUGGAUCGGUUCUAAAAGUAUCCCUUCACUGUCAGUGAGCUGCAAGUGAAAAGGUGAAUGGCAGACCUUUAGGUCUGCAGAUUGACUGCAGCAAAGUGAAUGGUGUAUUAGAUGUCAGCUAAAAAUAUACGAAGAAAACAACACGCUGCAAGCCAAAAGGUGAUCUUUAUUUAAGAAUGGAAAGAGGCAUCGAGAGAGUAACUUAAAAUUAUCUUUUUUAAAAAUAAAGAGAAUAACAGCGAUUGCUCUUAUACAUAAAGUUUACACGGACAGCAGGCAAAUGAUAUUUUGAUUCGUUGCAACGGGCUAAGCUGGACAUUGCUCACCUUGACGUUUUGUCCAUGAUCCACGAUCUUCUACACUUUUUUCAUGAAAGAAAUCAACCCAAUUUUACUUUGGUCGUCGUUAAAUUUUACAAUGGACUAAAAAGGAACGAACAUUACCACGAGCGUAUAAGAAUCUUGUAAGUGCGAGUUACCCCAUCUGAGAUUCUUGUAUCUGUGUUGCUUGCUCUGGUUCGAUUCGUCGAUACUUAGCGUAGAAGUCACUGUUCAGUGCGUUGUUUGCAAAUACGUUUGAGCUGUUCCAUCCAAAAACUUCAACGGAACUUCCAUCUCGAAACAGAACUAGAUGCAAAAACACUUAGAAUGUUUGCGCCUUUCAUUCAACGGUCGCAGAUGUUUGGGAUCCCGUGUUUGUCUAGAGAUGUAAUGGGAUCUCAUGUAAAAGGACCGACCAAUUAGAUCACGGCCUAGAAUGUCUCCAGGGAAUUAGCGAUAACAUUCCCACACUUGCCGGUCACGGAAUAAAAUUUAUUGAAAGCAUAGAAUUUGAAGGUUUAUUCAAUAAGUGAUCUUCCUUGAGCACAAGCUUACUCACAUUUCUUAGAGGUACAGUCAACGUUUUCGCGUUAUAAAAGCCGUAAUCUGUGCCAGGGCUUUAUCUGGCGAUUCAUGUUAUUGGCGCUCAAGAAAGUCAGAUCGACCGCAGCUGAAUUGUAGCGACGUUACUGCAGCUACUUCGCAGCGUUUGAAAGUCGGCAACUGCGCUGCAAAACCGCUGCCGAGAGCUUCAAAGAACCUUCAAAGGCUGCACAGCGCUUUUGCAGCCCGCUGCAACUUGAAUGAAGCUGCUGUUUGGCUUCUAAAAGGCUGCUGAACAGCUGUAAUUUAGCUGUACAGCUAUUUUGAAGCGAUUUUGUGGCGCUGUACAGCGCCGCAAGUUUCGUGCGGGUGGUUGUCUGCACAGCGUCUGCUGCAGAUCAAGUGCAGACAUAAUAAUAGAUCCUUAUUGCAUAAUCACCAAAAGUCACGAAAGGUCUGCAACAGACUUGCUGCAAACAAGAUAAAAGGGAACACACAGUCAAAGAAGAAGUCAUUUUCAUGAGAUGUCUGUCACAGACAGUAUGCAGACUUGCAGACUUCAGUUUUGCGUCAAAUUGGUCUGCUGUAUGACUGAACAGACCUGUGACAGACCUGAGAAAGGCCUUCGGCAGAUCUGCAAGUUACGUACGGGAAAUUUUCUUCCGAAAGGUACUUCAGCGUUUUAUUGUAGUUCCUAAUUUAGAAGAAAUUUUAAACCGGUUACGUUAAGCCUACCUAUUCGGCACUUGAUCUCGCAUGACGAAAACUUGUUUUCCGAGCGAUCUGUGGUUGUAGAUUGGAGGAAAAUAAGUCUUUAGACGAACUUCUUAUAUUAUCUUUUAGCUUUCAAGAGUAAUCUUAAGUUAUCUGUUUACAGGAAAAAUUCGUCAUUUAUUUUCUAUGGCCUAAUGUCUUGACAGUUUAUGACCAUAUCCUUAAGCUUAAUUGGUUCUGCAUUUUAUCCUGCCCUCUAAUAAAAAAUUGGCAAAGAUCAUAGAGAAUUUAAAGCAUUGUUCUUCCUUAGGAUGAAUCACUCUUUGCUUCACCAAAGAAGACAAGACCUGGUGAAGAGGAUGCUUUUGCUACAGCAUUGUCUGAACGGUCAUCGCGUAGACGCACUGGUAGGUACACCAGUUUGCUCAAUACCGUGGGCGCCAGAGACUUUUCGUGGUUUCCGAUUUACCUGUUUCAGUCAAGUCUUUUUAGUGACUCUUAUGGCUUGGGCCUGUAGCUUACACCAAUGGCAAAGAAUUCCAGUGCAUGGGAGAAAAACUCCUGGUACCCAGAGUAAUAGCAUGGCUUAUGUAAUGCUAAAUAAUUUAGCAUAUUUUCCAACAAGUCCAAUAAUUGGACUUGUUGGAAAAUAUGCAUUUAGUUAUCUGUCAUCAUUGGCAGAUCUAAUAUUAAUCUUCAAGUAGGAGGGGAGGGGGGGGGUGUGGCACUGCUAUCAAGACCUUGAGAACAUAGAGGGUCUCAGCUUCGAAAAAAUUUUUGUCAGCCUGAUGGGCUUCAGUUUGGCCUGAAAAUAAAAGUGGGGGCUUAGAAGUGCCUGAGACCCCUAGAUCCGACCAUCACUUGUGACUCUAGGGACUCUUUCAUUUCUUGAACUUUGAUAUGGUUCUUAGGAAUUCAACUCCAGGACAUAUGAUAUAGUGAGUUGGAACAAUCGCGAUAAAGAUUGAAAAAAACCCAAAUUCAUUAUUUAAGCAGUAUUUUUGCCACCGUUGCCAUCAUCGGAUCUUAAUCAUGAUGCACUCCUUUGAUUUGAGGAUUUGAGAUCUACUUUCUUUAUCACUCUAGAGCUGACAGCUUCAGUUGUAAGAUUUUUAUCCUUUUUGUAUCGGCACCCUUCCCCACCCAAAAAGCAACACCAGAGGGGAGAGUGGCUAUGUGUUUGCUUAAAGAUUUUGUGGCAAUAAUCAUACUGCUCUUCUUAAAAUUAACUAUGGACUGGUCCAUGCUUUCAGGAAAAGGAACACCAGCAAAAAGGUCUGAUGACCCAGAGACAAUUCAAGUUAUAACCAAGGAUUUAAUCAGAAGAUUAAGGUAAACUUCUGUUUUACAUUUAUAACUCUUUAAUUUUGACCCUUUAAGCCCUAUAAUUUUAUUCAAAGGCACUUUCUUUGCACCUGUCAAUAUACAUUUCCUACAAUACAAAUAGAAUUAUAUAAAAUUCUGUGACUAAUUUGUAUAUUUUUGUCUAAUCUACAACUAUUACAUUAAUUUAUUAACAGAGUUCCUCAAGAAGAUCCUUCUGGAAGGACUAUUAUUUUAGAGGCUGGUGAAUACCAGCGAAUUAAGGUGAGGUUGUUAUUGCAGGGCUUCUGAUAUUUCGCGCGGUAAAUUGUGAAAACUGCACAGUAGUCAUGAUGUUAAAACCUUCUCAUUGGCUCAUUUCUCAAGCACUUUGUUGUUGAAAUAGCAAAUAAUUAUGUCUGUUGAAAAACAUUGAACGUGCUUGUAAAAUCUGCACAAAAUCAAUUGAUUUCUUACGAAAUUUGCCCUGAAAAUUCCCACGAAAUCAGCCGUUUUUUACUGAUUGUUUUUUGCCAAAGGUAGCCUUGUAAAUUCUGUGAAAUUUCAGCAAAAGCGGCCGAUUUUUCCGCAAAUCUGUUGUGUUAAUCGGUCUGAUCAAUAAGAGUAUUGUUUGUCAUCCUUGAACUCCUUGACAGGACUUUUUUGUGGGAGUUACAUGUAACUUGGCAUUUCAUCCCUCUUUCCCCCAAAUAAAUAAAUGAAAAUGAAGUUUUGCCUUUCACCAGUCUGCAUCACAUGUUCCCACUCAAGAAGAAAGAGACUGGGCUAGGGAAGAAAUGAAAAGGAGGAAAGAAUAUGAACAAAAUGCCUCAGAGGAAAGAAAAAAUUUUAUGCAGACCAUGGAGCUGAAAAGAAAAGAGAAUGCAAAACCUUCUGAUCUGGAGCAGGUAAAUAACUGUAUAGUGAAAAACAUUAAAUUUAUAAAUUAAAGGGCUGAAAGCAAAACUGUCUUCUGUCAAGUCUUUUGUUGAUUUUUUUCUGGCCAGAAUUGCCUCAAUCUUCAUAUGUGACCUAAAUUGAUUCAAAAGAAUAACUUUGCCGUGUAUUUUUUUGCGUCAUUUCUUACUAAUUUUUGUACAAAUUACUUAUGCAAAAAAUGCUUUGGGUUCUUUAGAACAAAAACAAAAGAAAUCAGAAAGUUCUUUGUUUUGCAAAAUCAACUAAGAACAUCCUUAGAUUAGAUUCAACUGACACUUUAUUUUUCAUCAACACAGUACAGUCUAAUAUAAAGUGAAACCUUGAUUUAACAAACCUCUACAUAACAAAGUCUGCAAUGUAACGAACGAUUUUCUUUACCCCAAUAAUACUAAAAUAAUUUAAUAUAUAAAAAGGAACCUUAUUCAGAUGUUCAACUAAUGCUUUUUCAGAUUUUUAAGGACGUUUUAUGUUUACAAACCAAUGGCAAUUGAAGUUUUGAUGAGGGAAUUUUCAUCUGAGUUUUGAUUAUUGUAAAUGGCUAUACUUGUUAGGAAGCAAAGAAACAGAGUGGUACUUUACUGGAAAAGGCGCAAGAACAGAUGGAAGAACAGGAGGAUGAAAUUAAGAAGCUUAAUGAGGUAGCUUCAGUUGUCUUAACAGGGUUAAUCUUUAUCAAGCAUACUUCAAGAAAGCAAAGCUGUCUAAGUGUAGUUAACAAAGCAAUUGCUCACUGCUUGUGGUUGAAGUCUAAACUUUUGAACAUUUCAGAUCAUCUUUUCUGUUGAUUUCUAUAUGGGCAUAGACUGUGGUGUUCAUGGUCAAUUUGUUUUUACCAUAACUCCCGGGGGGGAACUCCCAUAUGAAACAGACGGGGGGAUGCUCGUCGCAAAUUUUGAAUUUAACCCCUAAAGGAGAACAUCUUGGUGUGGCUCAAGCUUUUUGUGACCCCUAAAGGAGACCAAUCUGGGCGUGGUUUAAGCAAAUUUUGACCCCUAAAAGAGAUCACUUAAAAACACACAAAUACUACAUGCAAUGAGUUUUAAUGAUAUAAAGACAUAAUCAUCGAAUGCUUUUAUCUAAAAGUAGUUUUUAAAAGCAUUGUCAUAAAUCUCAAGUUCUUCGCGGAACCCUAAACGAGACCUUGGCGGCUUAAAAUAUUGGCGCUUUGCCCGGAGCACCCUAAGCGAGACCAAAAUCCAAAUUUACACCCCUGAGCGAGACGACGAGCAUCCCCGUCUGUUUCAUAUGGGAGUCCCCCCCGGGCCAUAACUCUCUUUUGGUAACUACUGACCACAAGACAGUGUAAAGACUGGUUAGAAAUAAUUUAAUAACUAUCAGUGCAUUUUCUGUUUCUGUUGCAGCUCAUACUAAAUGCCAAGUGUCAUGCCAUCCGUGAUGCACAGCUUAUAGAAAAGGUUGAGAUCAAGAAAGAACAACUAGACGAGGAAAAACGACUUGACGAGAUGAUGGAAGUGGAGAGACUUAACGCUCUGAAAGAGUAUGAGGAGAGAGAGAAAGCAGCUCACUUUGAAAGACUCAAAGGAGCACAAGUGCUGCAGCAACAGAUAACUGAUAGGGAACAGUCACGAUUGCUGGAUGAAGAGAAAAAAGACCAAGAAACAAAGGUUGGUACAUCUAACUGGUUCCUUAAUGUACAAAUUCUCACUCCUUUUUUUAAUUUCUUGCCUUCCUCCCUUUAGCCUUUUUUUUAUCACAAAAUAUUAAUCAUUGUUGCACAAUUCCCCCUAUCUCUCCCACUUUCCACCCUUUUAGUAUUCCCACCUCCCAUCCUUUUCUAUUCUGCCUCCCAUACCCAUCCCUACCCCUAUAAAUUUUACCCUGCCUCAUAUCCCCCUAAUGUUCCCCACUCAGAAGGUGUUAAUUUGAACCCUCACCCCACCCCCAUGAAAAUUCCAGUUUAGCUACAUACUUUCCUGGGAAACUGCCCAUCUCCCCCUCCCCUAAGCCAUCGUUUUGCCUUGAGCGAGAAGUAAGUGUUUGCUUGGGGAAGGGGUAGGCGGGCAGUUUCCCGGAAACCUAAAUUGAUCCGAAAUUUCUAGUAACCCGUCAUGGGGUGGGUGUGGGUAUUUCUGGAACCACCUAACAUAGUGAUGCUAGUAUUUCAUGGGGGAAAAUGAAAAAAAAAGAAAUCAUUCUUUAUGAACUGCUGUGGAAAUUUAAGGUUGCAUACUAGAUUUCUUUUUUUCUUUUAGGUGAUGUUACAAUACCUUGAUAAGCUGCAAAAAGAAGAUAUGGAAAAUUUGGUCAAAAAGCGAGAAAUACAAAGAGCGUUGAUGAAAGAUGUGGCCAAGGCAAACGAGGUGAACUUUUUAAAUGAUUCAUAAAUUCCAAUGGUCGUGAAUAUUAUUGUUUGAUCGCCUGUUCUAGUCCAAGUAUAUCAAAUCUAGGGCCAGUAAUUAGUCAUAAAUGGAUGCAUCAAUAACCACUUAAGCCAAGAAGCAUACGUACAGCUAUGUCAAGAAAGUUCCAUUGUCGGAAAAAGUGCUCACGACAGUCCCGAAAGGUGUUGUGGGUGGUUUUGAGUUCACUGUCCUUCAAAGAAUUUUGAAAGAACGGCAUGAGAUUCCAUGGACGUACGUUUGUGAGUGCUAAAGGAAAGCACCAAACGUAAAUUUGACAGCUGCAUUGUCAGUAACGGUGUAUUGAUCAUAUAUUGAUCAUAUUACCUGCAGGAUUGCUGCUUGCACAUUUUCACCGACGUUUCUCGAAAUAACUGUAUGUGUGUUUCUUGGCUCAACUAUAUUAAUAUCAAUUUUUGCACCUAAUGGCUCAAAUUGUAGCCCAUUUUAUGGCUUUCCGUUGACCCGAUGGAGACCCUCAGAACGGGGUGCUUUGAAGUUAAAAUGCUGGGGACGAAACAAGGAUGCCCCCACCUCCACCCCCCCGGUCUCAUAAUAGGGACCUUAAGCUAAAGUCAAAAAAUGGCAACCGGAAGUAGAUAUUAUAUCUGUUUCACUGCUCUGACUCGACAAAUUUGUACAGUGGGAGUUAAAACAAUGCAUUCAGAUUCUUUGUGUGUGACAGAAGUGUACCAUCAAGCUACACAUCGAAUUCCGGUUACUAUUGAUGACGUCCCGGACGUAGCGUUCUCGUUGCUUAAGCUCACUAGUAACCUGCGCCGCACUCUCAGAUGUUAGGCAAGCGAAAAACGAUGCGCUAACUUGAGUACCAGGCCAUGUUUCUGGGAUGGGGAAAAUCUCCUCUCCCAUUACCCCUAAGAAAGGCCUGAUCAGCUUCAGGCUAAUGACGCGCGUGAUCUGGGGAAGAGGGCGACCACCUCAUGAUUGAUAGUUUUAAUUGUUAUUUCGUCCCCUAAGCUUCUAUAUCUGCUACUGGUAGUUUAGCUGAGCCUACAAAAUGUAAGAUGAACGCUGUGUACCUUUUAAUAAUUUCUGUUAAAAAAAAUUUGUUAUCUUUAAUACCCAGGAAAUCAAAUUUCUGAGAGAACGUAAAACAGAGCAGGAAAAGUUAGAGGAAAUUAAAGUCAUGGAGUUUUUGAAGCAAAAAGCGGUAUGUAAAAACUUUGAAAAUUCGAUUAUUAUCUUCAUAAUAUUUUGCAAGUAAUAACUUCUUUAAAUACUUGCAGGAUAGUCACAAACGAAAUUUAGCAAGUAGUUGUUUUCUUUACAGGAAAGAGAAGAAGCUUAUCAGCGUGAAGUGGAAGCUGCCAGAAUCGAGAAGGAAAAAGAAAUAGCUCGUCUUCGUGCACAACAAGAAAGAGCAAAAGAUAAGCAAGCCGAGAAGGUAAAUUGUACUCUUUUAAUCUUGAAGAAAACCGCAGCAAAAACGGUACAGAAAAAAAUUCGACAACAACAACAAUAAUGUAUUUCUUUAAAGAAAUAUAAAGUUUACAAUAUUUUGUCCGGGAAAUAGCUAUAAUGCUAAUCUAGGCAGGACAAGACUUUAAAUAAAGACGUUAUUAAAUUACAUAAGAAGAAAGAAAAGAAAAGAAAUACAAUAGCAUACAGAAAGAAACGCCUUACAUAUAAAUUCAAGUUCAGGGGAUUUUGUUAUUUGAAAAAGACUAAAAUUACAACAACUGGAAGUAUAUAAAACAUAUCAGGUUAACUGAAUUGCCAAACAUGUCAAGUACUAUAGCUCGAGAAACUAAACUCGCGGAUCGCGGAUAGGAUUUUGUUUCCGACUUCAGCGUUACAGACGUCGACGUAUGAACAAAUACUCGGAACAGUUUCGCCAUCCUUUUCAAGUUCUUUUAACCGCCAUUAUACUUAAACUUUAAAACUCUAGGCUGCAGAAAGUUCGUUGUGCAUAAUUUUAACAACAACACUCACGAACACACAAUAUACAGGUGCACUUUAAUUCAAUUUAGUUGAAUAUCUUAGUAUAAAGAGAAUACUUUCGCUGUUUCUUUCUUUCCGGUGUUAUUUUUACGAGAUCUAAUUUUCGCGAAUCGUUAGAAAAUCCGCGAGAUUUCGUGCUUCCUUCGUUGAACCCAGCCGGAGGAAGAUUUCUAAACGGAAUUAAAAAAUGUAAAACAUCUUUUUGAAAAGUCUGGAAUGGAUUUGACUCUUUAGGACGCUUUAAGAGCAAAGCGAAAUCAAGAAGAGGCUGAACGAGAAUGGAGAAGAAAAGAAAAAGAAGAAGCCGAGAAAAAGUGAGCUAUUGUUCUGUUUGUUGGUUAUUUGUUUACGAUUUCCUGAUUUUCUGGCUUUCGAGUUGGGCUUGCAUCUCGGAUUUCUCGUUCCGCGCUAGAAGUUAUUCCGCGCGCAAACCUCUCGCGCUUUCUCCCCCACAAGCGUAACCUGUUCCAGGCUCCGAAAUAGUCGGGUCCACUGAAUUUAGAAAGCGCAAACAUGAAAUAAAGGGAGGAAACUGGGGAGAGGAAGGGCGGCGGAAGAGGGUCGUAAAAGAAAUCCUUACAGGCUCUCUAUCCCUUCCUUUUUCCCGCCUUUUUUACCGGCCCUGCCAACUUUUCGCGCGCCUUUCGCUUUUGCGUCUUCUCCACUAUAUGAGAGCCUGGAACAGGCUUCCACAAGCGAGUCUGCUGACACGCUGCCAUGAUACUUUUACACUCCCGCAAGGGUGUUUUUGAAGGACAAUGAGCAGCAAUGUUGCAAACAAAUUUAAAUUUAAACGCAAGUUCUUACAAUCUUAUUUACGGCUUUGCCAAGAAACCAAAUAAGAUGUCCUCGCGGAUCUGCGCGACUGUCACCUUACGCGCACUUUGCGCCGUCUCGCGUAGUCCAUAUCACGCGAUCGACAAGCCUCCCGUAGUGUAUAUGUAAAUUGGGGUUUACACUUAUUUUUCCUCAAACGAGGUCUUAAAACCAAAGAAUUGUUUUUAUUUUUGUAUAUAUUCCUUGACUUAUUUAGCUUUUUAUGCUAAUGCAAUGUUCCCGUUUUUCACAGGAGAGCGACCGAGGAAAUGUUGCGAAAGGCUCGCGAGGAUCAAGUCAGAAACAAAGAGCAUUUCUUAGCAGUACAGGCUGGAAGAGACCGGGCUGAAUUUGAACGAGUUUUAAUGUAAGUUGAGUUAUAAAAGAGUUAUAAAAGGCAAAGAAGAGUAAAGAAUGUAAUGACUGUAUACAAGACAGGAUAAACUUUAUCCUCUUUUGCUGUAUAUUAACUUCAGUUUGCUUAAUAACUUCACCUAGAACUCUAUUUAGAAAACGAACUACGAAGAGGCCAAUAAAGAAUUAAAACGCGCCAGAACGCGAUAAGCGCGCUCGGAAGUAAGAAUAUUAAAGUAAAAGGCAUUCUUUUCUGUGCGCCGAUGAUCUUCAGAGCGUGGAAAGGAAAAAAAAUUCUCUUAAAUUGGCAUAUUUGUUAGUUUUGGGUAGCCUGUGAAUAGGCCCUCUGUUUGGGGAAAGGUGGCAAUUUUCAAGGGAGGGUUUUCAGAGACCUUCUUGAUGGGGUGCACGCAUUUCCUUUUGAUAUUGACAAAGUAAUCCUUACGAAACUAUGUGGGACGGUUUGGAGAAUAUGCCAGUUAAUAAAUGUUUUAUAUUGGGUUGAUUGAGGGUGGAUUGAUCGUUAAACAAAUUCUCCUCAUUAGCACAAUAUUGUUGGUUAAGGGCUAAGGUCUAAUUUGCUUUUUACAGAGCGCAAGAAGAGCAGAUGUUAAAAGACGAAGAAGCUGAUAAAAUCCAGAGCAUCCGUCGCCAUCAGCACUCGGAAGAAGUUCGUCAACAAAUACGCGAAAAAGAGAAAGACAGAAUCCACGCCAGGAAUGCUUUCUUCGAGGAAGGAAUCAAGCUGGAUCAAGAAGCAAAAGCUCGGUGA